AUGUCAAGAAACCGAAAUCAAGCGGGACCAUCAAGUAAAACUUCAAGCAUUCCUCAAGAACUGACUGGACUGGAUCUCAAACGUUUCAAUAACACGAAAAAGAAUUCACCAGAUGUUCGUGUGUUUGCGAGGAGAGCUCCCGAUGAUCACAGUAAGCUGGUUCUGAUCUGUCUGGUCACUGGUUUCUACCCCAGAGAUAUUGAAAUGAACAUCAGACUGAACAGAAUUAACAUUGAGAGCCAGAUAUCAUCUGGAAUCAGACCAAAUGCUGAUGAAACCUUUCAGCUCAGAUCCAGUGUGAAGAUCAACAGAAACCACAGAGGAUCUUAUGAUUGUCAUGUGAUUCACAGCAGCCUGACAGAACCAGUGUCAGUAGAAUGGGAUGGAAAAUGUCUUAACUGUGAUCCAGAUUCUCAGCAGGCUGUUACAGCAGGAGUAGCAGCAGCAGCAGCAGCAGCGGUAGUUCUAGUUGUUCUCAUUGUGAUUGGUUACUGCAUCUGCAAAAAGAAAUCAUCAGAUGGUCUGUGAAGUUACCAGUGGGAUAUAUAAGAUGAGAAGUUAUGAUUUGCAUUUAUAUUUAAUCAUUUAGCAGACGCUUUUAUCCAAUGCAACUUACAAAUGAGGACCAUA